AUGACUGCGCUCUCAACCUAUGAGAAGAACAACGGAUUCUACCCAAUUACACUCGAAUUCCCCAAAAUGGAUCUCAAGGGGUUAGAAGAAAUGAGAAAAACACUCUCAAACUACGAUAUCCCAUUCGACAAGAUAUACAUAGGCAAAGGAACUAGAAAAAUGAUCCACCUGAUGAUUAAAAACGAACAAUCUCUCCUAAAUAUCAUUAGAGAUAGAAGCAAAUUGGGAACCUUCAUCACCUCCAGUAGAGACUUCCACGUCCUCACAGGAAGAGUAAGAAUUCCCAGAGAAAAGGCAGGAAUAGUGGACGCCCUCAUCAAAACUGCCUUUGCAGAAGAAAUACCCUAUGCAAUAUACAAUACUAUAUACUCCACCGACCACCUCAUAGUAUUCGGUCUAAUAGAAUGCAAAAUAGGCGAUCAAAUGAAAUCUGGCCAACACAUUACAGAAAUCGCAAACUUUACCAUCAGAACGGCCACCAAAACCUACUCCUCACAAAAGAAAAACAAGAAAGUAGAGACAAACAACACGGAGGAACCAUUAGAAGAUGAGAUGACAGAUCCUCCUAACACCCAAAACAGGAUAGCAAUCAAAUCCUCUCAACCAAAACCACAACAACAAACAAACAACCCAGCAAACAAUCAGUCUGAAAAACAAUCAACACAAGAGAAAAAAGCCCAAGCAAAAAAGUCAUCUCAACCUCUUCCCCCCAAAAACCCAGCAGAAUCUUAA